AUGGCCACUAAGGAAAUAGCAACAUUCUGUGAUAUUUGCCUAACCAGGGACCUAAAUAAAUUGGCGGAAGAAUUCUGUCCACAAUGUGAAGAGGUUCUUUGUGGAGAUUGUCGAAAUCAUCAUAAGAUAUCGAAAUCGUCAAAAUCACACCAGACAAUCUCUAUGGACAAAUAUAACAAAUUACCAUCAUUUAUCAAGAAUAUUAGCCAUAACUGUGAGGUGCACGACUGCUUUCUCGAAGUUUAUUGUAAAUCAAAUGACUCUCUGUGCUGCAAACGUUGUUUGAUAUCAAGUCAUAAGGAAUGCAAGGAAACUUUUUUCAUUGAAGAUUUUCUUACACCAUCUUCAAGACAUCAGUCAGCAGCUUUAGCUAACGUUGAAAAGGUUUUAAAAUAUCUAGAUGAUAACAUCUGUUUCGCUAUAAAGGACCGAAAUCGAAAUUUGACAGAAUUACGUGAACAGAAACGGGUGAUCGUAGAACAAAUUAAAGAAAAGUGUCAAGAAAUAAAUACAGUUUUGGAUAACUUAGAAGGAGUAUUACAUGAUGAAGUAUCAGCAAUGGGGAAUGAAUACUGUCUGAAAAUAGAUGAAGUGGUGAUGAAAUUGGAGGACAAAAAAAAGAGAAUAGACGAAAUAAAAAAAGAUUUCGAAUCUGUAAAAAUGUUUGCAUCCAAUUUACAGAUCUUCAUUGGAACAAAGGCAUUCCAGGAAAAUGUUUCAACCAACGAAAUAAAACUCCAAGUAUUAUACGAUAAUGGGAAUCUUAACAACAUAACUUUGGAAUGUAAAUUCAAUGAAAAACUGGAAGAGUUCAAAGAUGAAAUAAAAGCAUUUGGUGAUAUAAAGGUAGACAGUUCUGAUAAACAUACUUCUUUUUCCUGGAAAGGUGAUAAAUCAGCACAGCUUUAUAAAUCUUCAUUAAGAGCAAAAACAAUUGAAAACAUAAAUGUCAGACUGGUACGUUCUUCAUCAAACAAUAUUGUAGUUAUAUCCCAAGACGGAAAACAGGCUAAAGAGCUGAUUGGAGCUGGUGACGGACUUUUAAAACCUCGUGCCAUUCAUUUUGAUAAAACAAAAAACUUACUUCUAGUAGCAAACUAUGCCAAAGCUGCCUUUUUGUUUGAUGUUUGA